AUGGUUCGCUUUACUCCGUUGGCAGCUCUGGCUUUAGUGCCUCUUGCUCAAGCAAGAUUCGACUGGCUGUAUGCACGAGACACCAUUGCGCAGUGCCCUCCAUGCACCGUGGAAGGCGAGGCUCAAGAAUGCUCUCAUACUGUGACAGUUACCGAACCAGCUGGUCCCUACGAGACCGUCACUGUCUCCGAUCCCAAAGACUCUUAUCACACAGUCACGUUCACAGAGUACGGUGAGCCUGGCAAGACCAUCACCAUCACUCAGAACUACCAGGAGCCUGUGACCAAGGUUGUAUACGUCAGCCAAGGUGAAACUCUCGAUCCCCCCAAGCAGACCGUCACCGUCACUGCUCCCGGCAAGGUUGUUACCGUCACAAAAACAGAGACUAGCGAACAUGUUGUCACCAAACAGGUGAAGGUGUAUCCCGACCCCGGAAACUCGAACGGAAAUGGAUACAACCCCGGUCCCAAGACAGUAACCAUCAGUAACGGACAUCCCGCCCCCAGCACUGACUCUCCCGGCUACGAUAGAGCAGUUGUCACCAAGAUUGUCGGGGAUGGUGAUAACGUGAAAUACACCAACGACGCUCACACUGUCACUGUCAUCGACGAUGGCAAGGUCAAGACUUUGACCUACACGGACGGUCACUACAACACCGUUAUCAAGACUGUUACACAAGAUGACGGUGAGGAAAAGGUCGUUACCGUCACAAACAGAGAUGACUAUGAGGUCGUCAACACCGUGACUUUGAAGGAUGGAAAGAAGAUCAUCAAGACUGUUACUGCCGAGAACACGAACAACUAUGUCAUCACCAAGACCACUCACAAAGAUGGCAAAUACCACACAGUCAUCGUCAAGCCGGAGCCGACCGUCAGAACUAUCACUAACGACAACGGUGAUUACGUUACCACUGUUGUCGAAACUCCUCACACAUACACCUUGACCGCUCCUAUCCGUUAUGGAUCGCCCAGCUCGACUGACGAUGAUUGCGAGACUAUCACCAGGACUGCAACCUAUACAGGCCAGCCUGAAGUUGAAAUCAUCGUCUACGAUCCUGAGUCCGGCGAUUCUACAUGCACGAAGGAAGACGGUCAGCCCUGUCGCCCCGACUACGAGAACGACAAGACCGGUUAUGAUGACGAUGGCAAGGACCAGGAGGGCGAUGACAGCAAGGGUCAAUAUGAAGUUCCUGCUUACACCAAGGUUCAGAGCGGCAGCGACGGCUACAACUCAAACGUCCCCGUCUACACCAAGAUCCGCACUUACGGCAAUGGUGACACCUACACUGAAGUCCACGGUGCUGAUCCGACAGGAUGCGAAUCGUUUGCUGUCUCCACCAGCAUAGCAACCGUUUACAACACCGUGGUGGUGACUGUUGAACCUUCAAGUACCCCAGCUUCCGACGAUCGGGUGCCAAAGAAGGCUCGUUCACCUCUUUCUGUUCGCUGGUGA